AGCCCAAACCACAGGCACCAAACACAAAUUCAUUCACAUCCUUUCGAUACAUUCUAUCAUUUUUAAACUCUCACAAUGGCUGCCUCCACCAUGGCUCUCUCUUCCCCAUCCUUUGCCGGAAAGGUAGUCAAACUUUCCCCGGAAGUUGUCGGCACCGGGAGGAUCUCCAUGAGGAAAACUGCCUCCAAGUCUGUUUCCUCCGGAAGCCCAUGGUAUGGCCCAGACAGAGUUAAAUACUUGGGCCCAUUCUCCGGCGAGCCCCCAUCCUACCUUACAGGAGAAUUCCCUGGUGACUACGGCUGGGACACUGCUGGGCUUUCCGCCGACCCAGAAACCUUCGCUAAGAACCGUGAGCUGGAAGUGAUCCACUCCAGAUGGGCCAUGCUUGGAGCCCUCGGGUGUGUCUUCCCGGAGCUUUUGUCCCGCAACGGUGUGAAAUUCGGUGAGGCCGUUUGGUUCAAGGCCGGAGCCCAAAUCUUCAGCGAGGGUGGGCUCGACUACUUGGGCAACCCAAGCUUGAUCCACGCACAGAGCAUCUUGGCAAUCUGGGCCUGCCAGGUUAUCUUGAUGGGUGCCGUAGAGGGAUACCGCAUUGCAGGUGGGCCACUCGGAGAGGUGACCGACCCACUUUACCCAGGUGGAAGCUUCGACCCAUUGGGUCUUGCUGAUGACCCAGAGGCAUUCGCAGAGCUGAAGGUGAAGGAGCUCAAGAAUGGUAGGUUGGCGAUGUUCUCCAUGUUUGGAUUCUUCGUUCAGGCCAUUGUCACCGGAAAGGGACCUUUGGAGAACUUGGCUGACCACCUUGCUGACCCGGUCAACAACAAUGCCUGGGCCUAUGCCACUAACUUUGUCCCUGGAAAGUGAGCGAAAUAUGUUUGAGAGUGGAUUUUGAGGCCGGACUUUGUAGUUGAUGUUAUCUUUUCUUCGAAAGAAAACAUUGAUGCAGGAAAUGUGAAUUAUAUUGUACUAUUGAUCUGAGUAAUGUGAAUUCUUAUUAUUAUU